AUGGAUGUGUGUGGAGGAGCUUUUCUAUCCCUCUUCAGCACAUUCGGAUUUUUAAACGCAAUUGGCGUCUUUCAGACCUUCUACCAAGACAACACUUUGAAGGAAUAUAGCUCGUCCGAAAUCGCCUGGAUCUUCGCCGUUCAACUAUGUCUGAUGUGGGCACUUGGUCCGCUCUACGGACGAGUUCUAGAUACAUACGGUCCAGCCCCGGUACUGUAUCCGUGCAGUUUCCUAUGUGUCUUCUCUCUAUGUAUGACGAGUCUCGCAGACAAGUACUAUCAGAUAUUCCUUGCGCAAGGCCUAGGAUUCGGCAUAGGUGCAGGCGGAGUAUUCACUACAGCCAUGGUCUGCGUAGGCCAAUGGUUCGUUAGGAGACGUGGGCUGGCUAUUGGUAUAGCGAGUUGUGGUUCGAGUUUUGGCGGUGUGAUCUUCCCCAUCUUUCUAGACCGUGUCAUCAAGGACGUAGGCUUCUAUGGCGCGGUUCGGUACACAGCUCUGUUGGUUGGAGUGCUCAUGGCAGUGUCCUGCCUGAUGGUCCGGUCAAGACUACCGAGAAAGGAAUGGAAUAGGAAGGCGCCGUGGUUCGAUGUGUCACUGUUCAAAAACAAGCAAUUUGCGCUAUACACCUUAGGCGCUUAUCUAGUCAUGUGGGGACUCUGGGGCCCUUUCGAUUAUAUCUCCGACAUGGCGCAGACUAAAGGAUUCUCCCCUACACUGGCUAUUUACUUGCUGUCAAUAAUCAACGCAACCUCGGUGUUCGGCCGACUGAUUCCGCCGUAUCUGGCAGAUCACAUCGGUCAUUUCAACGUGCUCACAAUGUGCGCUCUGCUGACAGGAUUUUCCAUGUUGUGUCUGUGGCUGCCGUUCAACUUCCACCCGUCCCAUGCGGGGAUCAUCGUGUUCGCCUUAGUCUAUGGCUUUGUGAGCGGGGCCGUUGUGUCUUUACUCAUGCCAUGCGUCGCAAAAUCCGGAAGUCUGGAAACCUUGGGCCAGCGCUUUGGAACUUUCCAAACGGUGCUUUCCGUC